AUGGCGUUGAAUGCUAAUCAAUUACAAGAAAAAAUUUAUAUAUUACAUGAAAAACUACAGGAUUGGGCAAAAGAAUUACCGAUCCGGAUUCAGCAGCGUAUGUCUUGUGAACUCUUAGCAAAUUUAGCAAGUUAUUUACUUAAUGAUCCAACAAUAUUUGAAAUCGUUAAUAGUUUGUUAGAUAUACAACAUAUUAUUGAAAAAGAAUUAUUUUAUGAAAGAAUCGAACUGCAAAAAAAACAUAUCAUGGAACAUGAACUUUUACAGUCGAAAAAUUUAUCCACUGAUAAGUAUGAAAUUGAAAAAAGUUUAUUAAUGAAAAAACAUUCGGAAGAAUUAAAAGAUUUAGAUAUUAGAAUUAUUUUAAAAUUAGAUGAAAAGGUUGCAGAACAACAAAUGACAUUAGAAACAGCUGGUCUUCCUAGUUUUAAAGUUACUAAAAAUCCAUUAGAAAUUCAUUUUCAAAUGUGUUUGUUAGAUUUUAUUAUUAGAAGUGGAAAAUUAAUUUAUCAAAUUUAA